UGGAGCUCGGGGCAGGUACCGUCGGAAUGGCGCACCGCCAAGGUGGUGCUCAUCCCCAAACCGGGGAAACCUCCGCACAUAAGUAACCUGCGUCCCAUCUCUCUAACAUCGUGCAUUUGCAAAGUGGCAGAACAUGCAGUGCACAAUCGAAUCGUCGAACACGUAGAAAACCAAGAACUAUUUAGGCAUAAUCUAAUAGGUUUUAGAAAGGGACUCUCCACACAGGACGCAAUGCUCCUCCUGAAAAGAUCUAUAUUCGAUAACGAAACGCGGGACGUACGAGCUAUCAUUGCACUCGACCUCACUAAGGCCUUUGAUAGGGUGGCUCAUGAACACAUCUUGACCGAAAUUUCCAAUCUCAACCUAGGGCGGAAAUUCUUUAAUUUCACUCUCUCGUUCCUAUCGGAAAGGACAGCGUUCCUUCGACUGGGCACGAUCUCGGGCGGUCCUUACGAACUGGGCAACUGCGGAACCCCUCAGGGCUCGGUCCUAUCCCCGCUGCUAUUUAAUAUCGCCAUGCAUAAACUGUCCGAGAGGCUGGCCGCACUCCCAAAAAUAGGCCACGCAAUCUAUGCAGACGAUAUUACAAUCUGGUCCCCGGGGGGAUCUCUGGCCGAUCUAGAGCAAUCUCUCCAGGCGGCCAUAGAUGUAACGGAAGAAUUUCUUACAAGCACGGGUCUCAAGCUGUCACCGACCAAAUCCGAACUCCUCCUCUACAGACAGUCGAGGCAGGGCGUUAGGAACCUCGAGCCUCUGGAAACGCUGCCAGUCAAAAUUACAACACGAGAAGGGCACCCCAUUCCGAGGGUGAACUCCAUCAAAAUUUUAGGACUUCUAAUCAACGCCAAAGGCUGUAAUGCAGAAGCUCUAAACAAGCUGGGUGCGCAGGCGAAAAACAUAUUAAGACUCAUAACUAGAAUCGCAAACAAAAGGGGGGGACUCAAGGAGGACAACCUACUCAGGGUCUUCCAAGCUUUCUUCAUCAGUCACAUUACUUACACGGCACCGUACCUCAAAUGGAGCAAAAUUGAAAGGAACAAACUCGACACGCUCAUCAGGUCCGGCAUCAAAAGAAUACUCGGUAUCCCACAAUCCGCUAGCACAGUAAAACUACUUCAACUCGGAAUUCACAAUACCACAGACGAAUUAAUUGAAGCGCAGUUUAUUGCACAGAUCUCCAGGCUUUCGUCAACUAAGCCGGGAAUCAAAAUUCUCGAUGAAGCUGGUCAGCUCCCUAUACAGGCACCGCUCGACAGACACCCCCUGUCUAAAUUAGCCCGUGAAGGUAUAAAGGUUGAGCCCGUGCCGAGGAACAUCCACCCAAUAUAUAACGAAGGUCGCAGAAGAGCGCGGGCUAGAACCAUCCUUCGACGAAUCGAUCCUUACGGGGCAGACGCAUUCUUCGUCGACGCCGCCAAAUAUGGCAGCGGAGACAGGUUUGCAAUCACGGUCGUUGACGCGCGCGGUACACUUAUCAGCGCCGCAUCAAUUUACGCUAAACACGCGAAUGAGGCGGAGGAAACCGCGAUAGCCUUGGCUCUUCAAGCCGCAAAAGGCCCAGCGACGAUUUUCUCCGACUCGCGCACGGCGGUUAGGGCUUUCUCGUCCGCUCUAGUCUGUAAAUACGCAGCCGACAUCAACACAUUGGAGGUCAUACAUUAGCGUGGUUCCCGGCGCACAUGAACGAUGUAACUAACCAAGCGGGUUGCAACCCUAACGAGCGGGCCAACUGCCUGGCGCGUGAAUUCACGAACCGCGCCCGAGAUAACGGUCCGGCUCUCCCGCAGGAUUGCUCCUUCAAAGAUAAUCUUACGACCUUUCAUGAAAUUACAUCACAUUACAGACUAAGCAGAAGAAAAUUCCCUCCCCCCAGCCCGAAACUCAACAGGGCUCAGGCUGUUACUUUCAGACUUUUACAGACGAGAUCCUACCUCAUCCCUAGAGCGCUGAGUUGGAUAGACCCGAACUUCCCGCAAUCGUUCUCCAAAUGCGGUCACGCGUGCUGCUCCUUCGACCACAUGCUCUGGCUGUGCCCGUACAACGUGGGCUCCGACUUUCAUAACAAGUCCAAGUGGGACGCCUUGCUGAAGAGGUCGGAUUUCACAAACCAACUACAGGCCGUCCAGAGGGCCCGCGACGUCGCGGAGAGUCACCACCUCCCUGUCCCGUCGUGGGCGGAGCCACCAACUUGAUCGGGGAGCCUUCGGUCCCCCCAAUCGAGUUCCUCAGGACACUCUAAAUAAAGUUCUUG